AUGACAUCCAGACCCGCUUACCUCAUCGAAAAUGGCCUACGCCGCGUGAAACCGUACUACCACGAUUUCACCACUACCGUGAAGACAAGAUGGCAUAACAAGACGGCUGCACAGGUUCUAACUGGCGAACUUGGCCAGGAUCCAAGGGUUGUUGACCAGGGAAUUCAGAGUGGUAGGAUUUUUGUAUCUUCAGAUUGGAACUUGACAGAAAAUGGGAAUAAGCUUCUGCCUGAAGAUACCAGAACGCAUCUCUUUCGAAACCACGAUAGAAUGCACAAUUUACAGCAUAUUCACGAGCCUCCUAUUCUAUAUAAAGGGCCAGUUCCGGUGGUUAUGGAAAAUGAAGAGUUGUUGGUGGUUUCUAAACCGCUGGGGAUGCCUACUCAUCCUAGUGGAUCAUAUAGACUUAAUAGUCUUACAAGAGUACUAGAAGUUGAACAAGGGUAUACUAAGCUUUCGCCGUGUCAUCGGUUGGAUAAAGCUACAUCAGGGCUUCUUGUUUUGGCGAAAAAUAUCGAGGUCGUUAAGAAGUUUCAGGCUAUAUUUAACGAUAAGCAGAACACUAUGAAAUGGUACUUGGCAAGAGUCAAAGGUAAGUUUCCUGCUACGCCAUUUAUUCACGAGCAGCCAGUGUUUUCAGUGAGCUUUAGCGGAUACAUAAAGAUACGGAAUAAAAGUGAAGUGCCCAUGUCGCUCACAGGGUUCGAGCUUCUUCGGUACUCAGAGACAUUGAAUGAGAGUAUUGUCAAGUGUAAGGCUAUUACAGGAAAAAUGCACCAGAUUCGGAUCCACUUGAGGAACUUGGGGUACCCAAUUGUCAACGAUUACCUCUAUAAUCCAGAUCCAGCUAUCAUAGCGGGGCAGUUCAAAAACAAGCUAGAGCUUGAAAUGUAUAAGAAGGCAGAUGAAAAGCUCAGAGCCACUGGAGAGAAGUUUCUUGAUUUGGACGCUCUCAUGGAAGAAAAUCCUUCUUUGGAGGAAGAUUUGGCAAAGCUCAAGCCGCUACGGAAAGCCAACGACGAUCUAAUCAAGCUAGGGGAGUGUCCUGAAUGCUACAGACUGCUCUUCUCAGAUCCCGUCAAUGAAGAAAUCUAUUUACAUGCGUACCACGUGGUACACAAUGGAGACACGAAGUUUGACGUGAAGACAGACAAGGUCUCAUCACAUACUGACCUCGAUAACCUUAUAGAGGCUUCAUACUUGGAGAAUGUGCUUUGGAAGUACUUCCAUGCUGAUGUUACAAAUAGUCACAUUGAAUUGAUUCUUGCGGUUGUGUUUUACGGUCUGGUGAUGCGUGGUUCGCUGGAUUCAUGGACAGUGUUGAAGGAAGACAAGAGUAAGGUGAAUGAGUUGCUCCAGAGAGUGCUCCAAACAACACUCAAGUCUACUUUAGAAGAUCAAAACGUCAACUUUGAAUACUUGACUUACUUGUUUUUGGGAUGUGUUGUUCGUUACGACGCUGAGCUCUUGCUUGAACAUGAACUCUACGAUAGAUGGUUAAAGGGUGUUCUAGAUAAGUAUAGUGAGCUAUUUUUGGAUGGUGUUGUGUCUUUAAAUAAUGCUAAGACGGCGGCUGCGUUGGUAUACUUUUUGGGCGUGGCCAAGGAGGCUGGCGUUACCUCUAUUACUGAUACUGUGGAAGGAAGAUGCUUUCUAUCUGUGUUUAGCAGUUGCGAUGAUCCCCAACUCGCCCAGCUUGUUAGAAAGCAACAGGGGAAGGUUGAACUAAAGACGUUUUCUCUGCUUCAACGGAAGGCAAAGGAACUUGGGGUUGAUUUUCUUGCUUUCUGUAUCCUGCCUUACGCCUUGAAUCCAUCAGAUGUCCAUGAAAAGCUUACUGAUUUGGAAUUGGAAACUCUUCAGGACAUAGCAGAGACGGUGGGGUACCUGGGAGAUUCUACAGAUACUGAGUUUCUUGCAAAUGUGGUUAUUCACAACAGCAUACCGCAACUAGACGAAAAACGGUACAUCACAGAGACGGAGCUUUUUGACCUUUUCAAUAUCCAGCCUACGCUUUCGCUUUCAGUUCCUUCGUUCUUUGGUGUAAAAGAGUCUGUACUGCUGUGGAAGUACGAAUCGUUUGCAUCUCUCAACCGCCAUCUCCUUCUGUGUCUUGGUCGGUUGGAUAUCAACAAACAAGGAAUCCAGGGCCAAAGCAAGUACCAUUCUGAGGUUGAAAAGACAGAAUCUAAAGGUCUGAACGUUCAGCUUAACUUGAAAGCCAACAGAAAAGAUAUACUUAAAGGUGACUUUGUGGUGAUAGUCCAGAUGGAUAAGCCUGUGAAGUUUGAACACUGCUCCAGACUCUGCCAGUAUGGACUUAGCAAAGCAAGGCUUGUAAAGGUGACUGGCGUUGGUCCCAAGACUGUUAAUGUUCAGCUUUUAGAACAGGACCAUCAGUACAAUGGGUUGUUCACUCUUCCAGAUAAGACCAUAGCAUCAUUGAUUGGUUCAAUUGGAAAUGGAGAGCCUGAAUCUUUGAAGAAGUUAAAUUUAGAAGUUAAUGUGGAUGAAGUCAAUGGUAACAUAGAGGAAUUGGCAAAGAAGGGAGAGACUGGAAACGUUCAAGUUGCCAAACCCACCGAGCAAUUCUCGCCUACGCUUGAGGAUGAGGAAAUUUCUAAUGAGGGACUAACAGACGACCAGUUGAAAGCGCUUCGUGAGAUACUUACUUCACGAGUGUCGUAUAUCGAAACUGGCCCUCACUGCGGUGAAGCAACGCUUGUCAAUGGCUUCCUCGAGACAAUUCUGCUUUCCCUGAAGGCUCUGGAACGCUCUUUGGUUAUCUUGCCAACCAAAACUCACGUUGAAAGGUUCCCAGUAGAGAAGAACCUUAACUCAUUGACAUUCAAGUGUGGUGAUAUAAAACAAACCAGGAUGCUUGCAGAUCACUUGCUUCAUGAAGUCGAAAGAAUUGCAUCUGCAUUGGGUUUGCACGAAUACGACUUUGGCUCUUCCUUGAGGCACGCCUUCAUGUUCUACGAAUCGCAUGUCAAGCCACGUUGGGAAGAGUACCUUAAAACGUUGAAGAAAACGUUAGCUUCCGUUUCAAAGUACCCUUUUGCUCAAUUUCAGUUCGAUGCAGAAAUACCGUUGAAAGAUGCUUUGGACAGUGUUGUGCUGCAUUAUAGUGCAAUCAAAAGUAUCUUUGCACAGAUCCAGCGGUUGCUUCCCCUUGACAAAGCCAACAUUAACACCCAUCCUGAAGAAGCAUUGCAAGCUCUUUGUACCUCGUUUCCUUUUGUUAUUUGCUCGCCUGAGUCUCUUCAUCUUGUGGGAAAUGACUUCGAUAACGUUAUCUCGUUUGCUGGUAUAAUCACUGAGGCUGUGAUUUCUGCAAAGACCAAGCGAGUAUCGCUUUUGGGAGACCAAUCUUUGCUUUCAUUGGAAGCGCUGGCUAAACUUAGUUUGCUGUCUAUUAGACCAGAAAUAGCCAACGUUUCCAAGCUCUCUACAGAGUACUCUGGGGAACCAUAUAACCCUGGCUUAGGAGACGUUUGUCAGUUGAUAAAAGUGCCGGCUAGCUCCAAACAGGUCAACGUCGAAGAAGGUACUUAUAUCGUUUCCCUUUACCAGUUCAUGCGUUUGCUAGGGUAUCGCCAAAAAGAUAUCUCGAUCGUGGUGACAUCCCCAUACGUCAAGGUGCUUAUCGAGGAAAUUCUCGAGGAAAAGGAUAUAAAGAAGGGUAGUCAGCCAAACGAUUCAGGCUCUGGGUUUGAAUUUGGAUGGCCUUUGAUUCAACUUGCUUCCUCGCCUUUGGUGCUGUCCAAGUAUGUCUUAUUCUCAUUGCAUGGAAACUUAAGCUUCAGAGACGUUAAGAGAGCUCUGGCAAGUGCUUCCAAGGGAUUCUACGCAUUUGGAUCACACGAUCUACCCUUUGACAUACCAGUCUCUGAUUUGAAGAUUUAUACUGGAGCUAGUCUUACUACCAACAAGGACGAUCGUGAACAUGGCCAUGAACCGUAUGUCAUGGAAGGGGCAGAGCAUAUGGAAGAGUACGUUGCCCAAUUGACAAAGGCCAGAAGGGGAAACAAGACUAAAGAAGAAGCAAAGGAGUCUUAG